AUGUCCACGAACUUGAGCGCAACAAUGAAUGGAACUCAGCCGUCCAACUGCUAUAAUCCCACAGCAUUGAGGAUUGGGCACACAAUUGCUUACUGCGUAAUAUUUAUUAUUUCUGUGGUUGGAAAUUCCUUUAUUGGAAUAAUUGUUUACAAGACAAAAACCAUGCGAAAACCCAUCAACAAUCUAAUUGUGAACAUGGCUAUGUCAGACCUACUGUUCCCGAUAUUCUUGAUCCCGAAAACUGUAGUAGAGAUACAUGACGAUGAUUGGCCAUUAGAGGCCAUCUUGGCGAGGUUUUGUGUAAGCUCGCUCCUUUUUCAGCCGAUCUCUCCUCUGCUUUGUCAAUUCAGAGCCUUGUGCUGAUAGCAGUGGAUCGAUUUGUAGCUGUGGUAUUUCCCCUCCGUUCGCCACUGAUCAGUUUAAAACUGUGUCGCUCCUUUAUUCUCGCCACGUGGAUCAUCGCCAUGGCUACAUUCAUCCCGUAUCUGCUCGCGUUCAAGCUGGUCGAAUACGAUCAUGAGUACAAGUGUGUGCGGCAAUGGAUGCGUGUUUUUGACGAUUCCUCGUCGGUGACAAAAUACUUUAUGGCACUUUUUAUUGCAUUUUUUUAUAUUCCCUUCGUUCUGAUGUUUAUUCUAUAUCUUGCCAUUUUUUUGAAACUGAAGUCCCAGAGAGGACCAGGCGAACACUCAAUGAACGCUCAAAUUCAGCGCUUGAGAAGGGAGAAAAAUGCGCUGAAGCUUUCCAUUGCUAUUGUGUUAGGGUUCGCUGUAUGCUGGAUUCCAUUCAGUAUUUUUGCAUUAGUACGUAUGUUUGCAGAUGAAAACAAUGCUACAAUGUCCUGUGGAUUCAAACAGUUAUUAGAGCAAGUUGCUCUGCUACUGAGUCGAACAAAUAGCGCUAUGAACCCCUGCAUCUGUUUUAUUUUCAGUGGAAAUUAUCGCCAAGGUCUUAACAAUCUCCUCGGCUGCUGA